AUGGAAAAGGAGUUCAGUGAGGUUAGAACCAAAGGAGAAACGUUACAAAAGGAGAACAAAGAACUCGGGGACAAAAUAAAACAACUGCAAAAAGCAUUAGAAGAAAAAAAUAGUGAAGAGAAAAAGGAAAAUAGGAUUUCUAAUCAACUAUUGAAAGAGGUAUCGGAAGGACAAGACAAGCUAUCAAGAGCAAAAAGUGAGUUAGAGAAAACAAAAACAACAUUACAAAGUAUGACAAUGGCUGUGAAAAGAGGAGAAGAAAUCAUAGCAGUAAUGGAAGACAAACAAAGAAUGGCUGAAUUAGAAUUAGAAGAAAUAAAAGGAAACAAGAGUAAAGGAAAGAAAACCAUGAAAGAGCAGUUGGAAAGAAAGAGGGAAAAGGAAACCCAAGAAGGAAAAAGGAAGGAAUGA